AUGCUUUGCCAGCGACACACCUCUCCACUACACUUCGAACCCCUGUCCCCGUCGCCCUCAGACCUGCUAAGUGGCUUCUCCUCUUCUGACAGUGGUGACGUACUGGAUGAUGCUUCCAGGGCUUCGAGAAGGAGGAAAAUCGAGAGCCUGGCACAGGAUUACCUCGAAGGAAAGCCUCUAUUUAUUCUGUCGGCCAGUCUGAAGGGUCCCUUCAACAAUGACUGGGUCAAUCCGUGGAAGAAAUCAGAAUCUCCUAAAGAGUUGUCGAACAAGCAGCAGCGAAUGAAAGGCGAGGCCCAGGUAGAUAGAUCGGGGAUUAGAGUGGUACCUGUACCUGAGCCUUCAUCGUCAGUAGUAAAACACAUCAAACGCCAUUCGAAAUACCCCCGAGUUCAUCGCCAGGGGAGUGGAUUUGAAUCUUCUUCCAAUCCGGAGCCUAUUUGCCACCUCCAACAGCAGCAGCAGCAGCAGCAACAUCAACAACAACAACAACAAUCACAACAGUAUGUCAAUGACUUGGGAAGAAAGUCAGGAAAGAGGGAUAGAGAGCGACUUGAGACCGAUAUCUCCAGCCACGGUCAACAAAGAAGCCCGUCGAUUGUCCUCUCAAAACAGCGAUCAAAAUCCGCAGUGCAGUCACGGAUCUCUUCUUCGCAAGCAGAGCGUCACUGGUCAGCACCAUACCGCGUUUCAAAGAGCCGCUGGUUGGAAAAGGAUGAAAAGAAUGAAAAGAGACUUCAUCAACAGGACUUCAACCGUUCAAUCUCCUCAGCCAGUCCCACACCCGGCUACCGCCGGCGCUUUCCUAGAGAAUCUCAACUGCAGGACAGAGGAAUACAGCACAAGAGGCAGCGGGUGGGUGAUUUGGAUGAUCAGCACAAAACCCCCACUCCUCACCAUAUCGCAUUUACCCCUAUCAAUGGACGACUUCAUCCUGAGGAAGUGUCCUCUUCUCGGAGAAAUUCAAAGUCUCCGGGAGGUCGUUCCUGUUAUCCAAAGCCCGACAAUCCCGGUUCUGCGUUUACAGGGCAUUCCAGCCGUAGAGAAAAGGAAGAUAUUUCUCUGCAUGACAAGAAGAGCAGUUAUGCUUCAGCACCGAAAUCACAAAAAUCUCAAGAUGUACAUGUUUCAACGUCGCUUCAUGUUGUCACUUCGUUAGACCAUCAUCCAGAGUCUCAAUAUGGACACACUGAUAAGGUAAGGUCAAGCGCAAAUACAACCUCAAGCUCCAAUACCCGUAAAGCUGAAAAUCGAUGGCGAUCGCAAUCGCGCGGUGAUAAACCGCAACGCAAAAACAAACUAAGGAGUAAAGAAAAUAUUUCACACAACUCUGUACCAGAUCUAACCCCUGAAGGAACACAUGAUUUCCAGGACCAGGACCAAGACCAGGGUCAAGAUCAGAACCAUACUUUCAAUGCAACUGCAUCAGGAACCAUUCCCAUUCCAUCUGCCCAACUGAUCCCGGAGCAUUCCAGAUUACCAAACCCCGCAUUAUCCCUCUAUUCCACUGACUUCUCGGGAAGGCACAAUGUCACAGGCACCAUGAGACACGAGACUCAGAAUCUAAACCACGACGAGCAAUUUUCGACCAAGGUAGCAUUGACCAUUGCCCAGAAGUCGUUGGGGGACGAUUUGGCCUUUGCAACUGGGGAUAUAGUUACAGCAACAGAAAUAAGAAAAGCUUCUCUACAGCGGACUGGCCAAGCUGAACAACAAAUCAAUGACGUAUCCGUAUAUGAUAUCCCGAAUGACGACCAACCUGCCACGAAUAAUCCCAAGCGUCAAGCGCAAGACGGAAGCACGCGAGCGAUGCUUAAUUCACAGGCGCUGUUUGAUUUCAGUACGGUAAAAAGGAUAAAACCGGGACGACCAUCAGAGGCAGAUACGGAUAUAGUUGGUAAAAAAUCCAAGAGGCAACGAGACACGUCCUACCCCUAUUAUGAACCGCCACAAGCAUCUCCCUCGAACCUACGAAUACAGACACAAUCUCUAUCUCCCAAAUCCGUCCCCUUCCUUCCCAAUGGUGGUCAGACCAACGACUCCUCCAACCUUCCUCAUCCCCUUUCCCUUCCCCGUCCAUUCCCUGCCGCUGCCUCUGCCCCCACCGACUCAUCCCAACCCAACCACCUCUCCAACCCCAUCCACCCCCUUACAACCAACCCAUCCACAUACACAGACAGCACCAUCCUCCCCUUCAACCUCACGUCCUCUACAACGGGCACGUGCCACCAAGACGGUCAAGGCCACGGGGAAUCGAGGGACAAUUUCAAUCUGAGCCAAGCGAUCCUGGAUGCGGGGACGUUUUUGGGCAGCUGGGAUUUUGAGAGGUUGGAGCUUCAGCUCAGUCAUAGUCAUAGUCAAACUCACAGUUACGGGCAUGGCGGGAGGAAUAGCGCUGGUAAUGGUGAUGGGAAGAUACAGCCGCCGCAGCUGUCGUCUGAGAAUGUGGAUGCGUCUGGACCGAGGCUGCAAUCUAUUCUAAGGUCGGAGGGGUCGGGGAGGUGGUAG